CACACACACACACACACACACGCUCUCACUCACACACACACACACACACACGCUUUCACACUCGGGUCCCGUCGGCCCCGGCGCUCUCCUCGCACCCACCUGCUCCGCAGCGCCCUCGGCGGGCGCACCCCUCGGUCGCGCGCCCUUGGCGCUCCCGGAGCGGACAGUCUCAGCCAGAGAGGGCGGCGUGCCCUGGGGGGUGAGCGCCCCCGCCCCUCUCCUCCUCCCUCCCACUGGGACGCUCCCGGUGCCCAGGACCCGCCACUGAGCCGGAGGGGACCUGGAGGCCAUGGUGGGAGAGCUCGCUCGCCGCGGUGCCCGCUGAGGCCAUGCCGCGCCCCCGGGCGCCCCCUCCGGCGCCCGCUUGCGCCUGCUGCUGCUCCUGCCGCCUUUGCUGCUGCUCCCGGGCGGCUACGCGGGCAACCUGACAGUGGCCGUGGUGCUGCCGUUGGCCAACACUUCGUACCCGUGGUCUUGGGCGCGCGUGGGACCCGCGGUGGAGCUGGCCCUGGCCCGGGUGAAGGCGCGCCCGGACUUGCUGCCGGGCUGGACAGUCCGCACGGUGCUGGGGAGCAGCGAGAGCGCGCUGGGCGUCUGCUCCGACACCGCCGCGCCCCUCGCCGCGGUGGACCUCAAGUGGGAGCACAACCCGGCGGUGUUCCUGGGCCCGGGCUGCGUGUACGCCGCCGCGCCUGUGGGCCGCUUCACCGCGCACUGGCGGGUGCCGCUGCUGACCGCCGGCGCCCCGGCGCUGGGCUUCGGGGCCAAGGACGAGUACGCGCUGACCACCCGUGCGGGGCCCAGCCACGCCAAACUGGGCGAUUUCGGGCGGCGCUGCACCGACGGCUGGGCUGGGAGCGCCAGGCGCUCGUGCUCUACGCCUACCAGCCCGGCGACGACCAGUCCUGCUUCUUCGUCGUGGAGGGGCUGUACAUGCGGGUCCGCGACCGCCUCAACAUCACCGUGGACCACCUGGAGUUCGCCGAGGGCGACCGCGACCACUACACCAUGCUGCUGCGGACCGUGCGGCGCAAAGGCCGAGUUAUCUACAUCUGCAGCUACCCAGAUACCUUCAGAACCCUGAUGCUUCUGGCCCUGGAAGCUGGCUUGAGUGGGGAGGAGUAUGUUUUCUUCCACCUGGACCUCUUCGGGCAAAGCCUACAAGGUGGACAUGGCCUUGCUCCCCGCAGGCCCUGGGAGAGAGGGGAUGGGCAGGAUGUCAGUGCCCACCAGGCCUUUCAGGCUGCCAAAAUCAUUACAUAUAAAGAGCCAGAUAAUCCUGAGUACCUGGAAUUCUUGCUGAAGCUAAAACACGUGGCCCGUGAGCAGUUCAACUUCACCAUGGACGAUGGCCUGGUGAACACCAUCCCAGCAUCCUUCCACGAUGGGCUCCUGCUGUAUGUCCAGGCAGUGACAGAGACUCUAGCACAUGGGGGAGCUGUCACCGAUGGGGAGGGCAUCACUCAGCGGAUGUGGAACCGAAGUUUCCAAGGUGUGACAGGAUACCUGAAAAUGGACAGCAAUGGUGAUCGGGAGACCGACUUCUCCCUCUGGGAUAUGGAUCCCGAGACUGGAGCCUUCAGGGUUGUUCUGAACUUCAAUGGGACUUCCCAAGAGCUGCUGACCACGUCAGGGUGCAAACUACACUGGCCCCUGGGAUACCCACCUCCUGAUGUCCCCAAAUGUGGCUUUGACAACGAGGACCCAGCCUGCAAUCAAGACCACUUUUCCACCCUGGAAGUGUUGGCUUUGGUGGGCAGCCUCUCCCUGCUCAGCAUUCUGAUCAUCUCCUUCUUCAUCUACAGGAAGAUGCAGCUGGAAAAGGAACUGGCCUCAGAGCUGUGGCGCGUGCGCUGGGAGGACCUGCAGCCCAGCAGUCUUGAGAGGCACCUCCGGAGUGCCGGCAGCCGGCUGACCCUGAGUGGGAGGGGCUCCAAUUAUGGCUCCCUGAUGACCACAGAGGGCCAGUUCCAAAUCUUUGCCAAGACAGCAUAUUAUAAGGGUAACCUCGUGGCUGUGAAACGUGUGAACCGUAAACGCAUUGAGCUGACGCGGGAAGUCCUGUUUGAGCUGAAGCAUAUGCGGGAUGUGCAGAAUGAACACCUGACCAGGUUUGUGGGGGCCUGCACUGACCCCCCCAACAUCUGUAUCCUCACAGAGUACUGUCCCCGUGGGAGCCUGCAGGGCACAGGACUGACUCUCACUGCCCAGCAGGACAUUCUGGAGAAUGAGAGCAUCACCCUGGACUGGAUGUUCCGGUACUCACUCACCAAUGACAUCGUCAAGGGUAUGCUGUUCCUACACAAUGGGGCCAUUUGCUCCCAUGGGAACCUCAAGUCAUCCAACUGCGUGGUAGAUGGGCGCUUCGUGCUCAAGAUCACUGACUACGGGCUGGAGAGCUUCAGGGACCCGGAGCCAGAGCAAGGACACACCCUUUAUGCCAAAAAGUUGUGGACCGCCCCAGAGCUCCUGCGAAUGGCCUCACCCCCUGCCCGGGGCUCCCAGGCUGGUGACGUGUACAGCUUUGGGAUCAUCCUUCAGGAGAUUGCCCUGAGGAGUGGUGUCUUCCAUGUGGAAGGUUUGGACCUCAGUCCCAAAGAGAUCAUCGAGCGCGUGACUCGGGGCGAGCAGCCCCCCUUCCGGCCCUCCCUGGCCCUGCAGAGUCACCUGGAGGAACUGGGGCAGCUGAUGCAGCGGUGCUGGGCCGAGGACCCACAGGAGCGGCCACCCUUCCAACAGAUUCGCCUGAUGCUGCGCAAAUUUAAUAGGGGGAGCAGCAGCAACAUCCUGGACAACCUGCUGUCCCGCAUGGAGCAGUACGCCAACAACCUGGAGGAGCUGGUGGAGGAGCGGACCCAGGCCUACCUGGAGGAGAAGCGCAAGGCGGAGGCCCUGCUCUACCAGAUUCUGCCUCACUCAGUGGCUGAGCAGCUGAAGCGCGGGGAGACCGUCCAGGCCGAAGCCUUUGACAGCGUUACUAUCUACUUCAGUGACAUUGUGGGUUUCACAGCCCUGUCAGCGGAGAGCACGCCCAUGCAGGUGGUGACCCUGCUCAACGACCUGUACACUUGCUUUGAUGCCGUCAUAGACAACUUUGAUGUAUACAAGGUGGAGACAAUCGGCGACGCCUACAUGGUGGUGUCGGGGCUCCCGGUGCGGAAUGGGAGGCUGCACGCCCCCGAGGUGGCCCGCAUGGCCCUGGCGCUGCUGGACGCCGUGCGCUCCUUCCGCAUCCGCCACAGGCCUCAGGAGCAGCUGCGCUUGCGCAUCGGCAUCCACACAGGACCCGUUUGUGCUGGUGUAGUGGGGCUGAAGAUGCCCCGUUACUGUCUCUUUGGGGACACAGUCAACACGGCCUCAAGAAUGGAGUCUAAUGGGGAAGCCCUGAAGAUCCACUUGUCUUCUGAGACCAAGGCUGUCCUGGAAGAGUUUGGUGGUUUCGAGCUGGAGCUUCGAGGGGAUGUAGAAAUGAAGGGCAAAGGCAAAGUUCGGACCUACUGGCUCCUGGGGGAGCGGGGGAGUAGCACGCGGGGCUGACCUGCCUCCCUCCUGGCCUUUCACACCUCACUUCCCAGAGCCAGAGGUGACAGUUAGGUGCCAGGCCUCAGCCUCACCCACAGCAGCCCCACCAUUGCCAAAGAAGUAGUUUCCACAGUUCAGGUGUGCUGACCUCGGUGGAGACACCAGAUAUUACCUCUGGAAGAGGACUGGUUUGGGGGAGAUCCUGGAGCUCACAGGACUGGACCAGAACUCCCAGUCACGCCCAGCAACACACAUAGGCACACGCACCCGCUCUCCACCCUGACUCAGGCCCAGCCAGGCUGGGGUGUGGAUUCCUGGGUCCCCCUGCCCUUCCCUGUUCCCUCCUCCUGCAACCUUGCUGCGCUGUGACUUUUAUGAGGAGGGGGAAGAGCCCCCAAGGGGGAACAGGAAAGGACGUUAGGUGAAUCUAGGGGGCGAGAGGAGUCCACACCUGGGCCGAGCCCACAGGGGCCGCAAACACCCCCUGUGCCCUACUGCCCAACAGUGCACAGGGGACAAGGGGCAGGCACGGGGGCUGUGGGCCUGUAGGCCUUGAUUCUCCUGUGAAUGGAGACCAUUAAAAUCUUUAUUCCAGUGAGAGUGUCUUUUCUUGAGGGAGAGAGGGUUGCCAGAAAACAGCUAUAUUCCCCACCCUCUACUUCAAACAAGACAUGUUUCUCAAGGUGGGAAUGCAGUAUCUGAAAAAAGGCGCGGUUCCCCUUCCACUCUGAGGAGUGAAACAGCGUAAGGAUUAUCCCUGCCAGGCCAACGCUGUUGUUGGUCUCAGGACCACAGCCACCCCCUUAAGAAUUACUGAGGGCCCCCAAGAGCUUUUGUUUCUGUGGGUGACAGCUAUCAACAUAUUCUGUAUUAGAAAUUAAAACAAAUCUUUAUUACUCACUUAAAGUAACUAUAAUAAACCCCUCACAUGGUAA